AUGGCUCGCCUUCGGCGACGAUGGACAGCGGAGGAGGAUACCUUACUACGUCGUGCUGUGGAAAGUGCUACGACGCAAGGCCGCCCGCUACUCUGGCGAGAUUUGGCCAAAUCUGUGCCCGGCCGAUCAAAUAAAGACUGUCGUCGUAGAUGGUGGAACAGUCUAGCAGAUGGCACCACAAAAGGGCCAUGGUGUGAAGAAGAGGAUGAACGUCUCAUUGAGGCUGUUAGGAAAUAUGGCGCAAAUUGGAGCCGGGUCUCGCGUGCUAUAAAAUCCAGGAAUCCUGAUCAAUGUUCAAGUCAUUGGAGUCAAGUGCUAGACCCAGGUAUUAAUUACUGUGACUGGACAGCAGAAGAGGAUGCUAAUCUGCUUCAUGCAGUUCUUACUCAUAGCACCAAUUGGGCGACUAUAGCGGCGUCCCAUGUACCUCCUAGGACCAGACUUGCACUGAAAAAUCGGUAUUCUACUCUGAGACUAAAGCAUGAAAAUGAAAACAAAAGGGAGUCUGCAGUCAGGAAAUCAGUUGAAACAUCCCCAUCUAACUUUGAGCCUACUAUGACGCCUUCUAAGAGAGACGUCAAGUGGAGUCCACCAGCUCAAACAAACCAAGAUAGGGGAUCUGAUACGGUCGACAUUCUAAUCGAAUCAGACGAGGAAGAGGAUGAUGAGGAUGAGGAUGAGGAAAAUGAAGACGACGAUGGAGAUGAUGAAAGUAGAGAAGGCGGAAACUCCAAAAACAGCAUCACUCAAAUUCAACAUGGGAAUAGCCAUAAUGGAGUUGAUAAUGGGGCAGUAGACAUCCAGAUGCAAGACACAGCUGUAACAGCCUCAAGCGAUUGGGCCGACUUUCCUGAGCCGAGCGCUCUUCCUUCCCUCGACUAUUUCCAUCAUGACGCCCAUCCUAUUCCUAUGGAUAAUUGGACAAACGAUACAGAAAGUCAUAUACACUAUGAAGAUUUACUAGAAUUGACACCCGGGGAGAACUACCUCUGUGGUAUGGAGGAUUCAGGGGUAAUUAGUACAGGAUUGCAAUAUAAAUCAUACGGUACCACGCCUACGAAUAUCGAUCUAUCCAACCCAAUAGGAUUUCAUGAAUUACACAGAACGGUUGAAAUACUUCCUUCCACCACAGCGGGAAUAGAUACGAGCUCUAUUCCCGGCUCCAGGGAUACACCCCCUAGUAUGCAUUUUGGUACUAGCGCGAGCACAACACCUAGGACGAGCAUAUCAGGAUGGAGUCACCAGUCGGCGCACUAUCAAGUCUGCGUUAACAUGAUAUGCACUGGUGCGCAGAUGGAAUCCCUUAUGACCGGACUGGCCGGCUUAGGCACUUGUAUCACUAUGAAGAUCGAUAUUAAAGAGGAUAGGGCUCCAUUGGAAAACCAACUAUAGUUGGUUGCCUAGGUAUAGAUAGAAGAGGCAUCAUAGAGGGAGUCUAUGCUAUUCGGAUAUGU